AACGCUCCUCCCCUCUAUGUUUGGGUCGUCACCAACCCGGCCCAGUGCGCAGGCGCGGGAAAGUUGAACUAAGAAAAGAAAGUGUAUACAAGUUCAGUGGAGGAGGUGGCGGCGGCGGGGCCCGGGACCAGGUGCCCCCAUGGCAGGCUCGGAAGAACUGGGGCUCCGAGAGGACACGCUGAGGGUCCUAGCUGCCUUCCUAAGUAGGGGUGAGGCUGCGGGGUCUCCCAUUCCGACCCCACCCAGGAGCCCUGCCCAAGAGGAGCCAACAGACUUCCUGAGCCGCCUUCGAAGAUGUCUUCCCUGCUCCCUGGGGCGAGGAGCAGUUCCCCCUGAGUCCCCUCGGCCUUGCUCCCUGCCCCUCCGGCCAUGCUAUGGUUCAGAGCCUGGCCCAGCUACUCCAGAUUUCUAUGCCCUGGUGGCCCAGCGGCUGGAACAGCUGGUCCAAGAGCAACUGAAAUCCCCACCUAGCCCAGAAUUACAGGGUCACGUACCCACAGAGAAGGAAGCCCUGCUGCGAAAGCUGGUGGCCUUGCUGGAGGAAGAGGCAGAAGUCAUCAACCAGAAGCUGGCCUCAGACCCCGCCCUGCGGCGCAAGCUGGCCCGCCUCUCCGCUGGUUCCUUCAGCCGCCUAGUGGAGCUCUUCUCUAGCCGGGAGGGCAACCCUCGCCCAAGCCAAGCACGCCCCUCGCUGCCGUGCCCCGGGCCCCCACCGCCUUCCCCGGAGCCUCUGGCCCGCCUGGCCCUGGCCAUGGAGCUGAGCCGGCGCGUGGCCAGGCUGGGGGGCACCCUGGCCGGUCUCAGCGUAGAGCACGUGCACAGCUUUGCGCCCUGGAUCCAGGCCCACGGGGGCUGGGGGGGCAUCCUGGCAGUUUCACCUGUGGACUUGAACUUACCCCUGGACUGAGCCUUUCCUCAGAAGCUGCUACAAGAUUGGACCUCAUGUCCCUGCACUCUUUUUCCAAGCCUUCCUAUUCCACUCAGGGCUGUGGGGUGGUGCCCACCCUCUCUGUUUUUGCCAAAAAAAAAAAGUUUAAAAUGUUUUGACAUUAAAAACUUUUUAAAGUA